UGGGGGUAGGGGGACUGGGCCUGGGCGGCUCGACGACGAGAAGACUUGACGUUCCCGGGGCCGCCCGCCACACAACACCGCGAGUUGUGUUGUUAGCCUGGUGUGUUGUCCCGGUCCAUCUCCUCCCCAGAACCUUUAUCGGGAGUAGUGUUCAGUGCAUGGCGCCGCCGAUGAGUCUUCUCGCCGUUUCCCUACGCGUUCCUCCUCCGACGGCCAGUCUUCGGUUUCCUCUUCCUCCCCUUCUUCCCCUCCAUCACCACCUCCUGGCUCGGAGGCGCGUCGGCACGUCCUGGAUUCCGCAGGUAGUGUGAGCCUCCUACGUAGACAGCCAUGAAGAUCAACAGGCGAUUGGUACCUCUCAAAAUCCACUACUUCUUCUUCUUGGGAUGUAUGGCCCCCAUACUGCCCUUCAUCAUAGUGGUAGCAGCACAACUUGGGAUACCGGUGUCCAUCCAGGGGACACUGUCAGCUAUCAUCCUCCUCAUGACUGUGCUUGGAAAGCCUUUCAUAGCGGCCUUAGCUGACACCUUCCCCAAGUACAGGAAAGGCAUCUUUCUGGUCACAUUAACGUUGAUGGUUUGUUGCUAUACUUCUGUGUGGUUCAUUCCGCCCAUGAGAGAGACGCCCGUCCUCAGUGGGCAGCUUGUAAGGGCGUCCGUCAAGUCUAAAGUGCCCUCCAAGGUAUCCUUCCCUGGGAACGGCAGGGCUGCCCUGGCAGAUUUCACUUCGCAGCCUCUGCUCUUGUCCUAUGAUACUGGAAGCUGUUACAUAGCUGUAGCGUGGGAUUGUGUAACUUUGUGUAGCGAGCCAUGGAUGUGCAUCAGUGGAAAUAGCUCUCAAGGAAACAUUAAAGCAAGGAAAGUCGAUGGAGACCAAGAAUUCCAGAUAGCCACUGACCCAUCAGAUGUCCUCCCAACUGACGAAGAUUUGGUCAUUCAAGACAAUGUCACGAUGCUCAACUGGACAGUUCCUACAGAAAUUCCUUAUGACGUUGCCAAAGGUCAUCUUUAUCAUUUGGAGGGUAUUGACUUAUCUUGGGAUCACAUGAGUGAAAAUGUAAGUUUGAUUUGUUCCCGAGCAAACAUGUCUGGGCAGAAGUGUGAAGCUGCUUGGAACUACUGGGAGUUCUGGGUGUACAUUUUCUUGCUGCUGUUUGGACAGAUUUCCUUUGCUACGGGUGUUUCUAUCACGGAUGCCAUUGCAGUGGAUUCUACAAGUGACAACCAAGGCAGUUAUGGCUCUCAGAGGGCCUGGGGUACUGUAGGAUGGGGUCUCAUGGGACCCAUCAGUGGGCUGCUCGUAGAUUUGUGGUCUGGGUCUUCCAUCACGAAAAACUAUACCCCGGCGUUUCUUCUGGUUUUCAUUCUGGGAUCCUUUGACAUCAUCACUUGUGCUUCUUCUCUCAAGGUUCCACAAAUAGGAAGUGAAAAAAGUGUCAUGAAAGAUGUUGGUCCCCUUCUCCGUCAGCCUAGGUUUUUCAUUUUUUGCUGCUUUGUCAUUAUGAAUGGCUUAUUUGAUGGUGUUGUAGCCAAUUUUAUAUUCAUACUACAGGAAGAAAUGGCUCAGGGGACGAGUGCAAUGAGAUAUAUGAAGUUCCUUCAGGGUUUCACACUCUUUGUUCAGUGUUCCAUUGAAGCUCCUUUCAUGUUUGUCUAUGGAUGGUUUAUGCAGAAAUUAGGAGCACAGAGAGUCACAUCUUUGGUAUUUUUCUUGUACAUCUUCCGUCUCCUUGGCCUGUCCAUGGUUGGUUUUUAUGGCCCGGUUUGGGCCACUCUUCUGACCGAAUUGCUGAAUGGACCGUGUUAUGGGCUUGGUUACACAGCAAUAGUAGUCUUCUCUGCAAAAAUUUCUCCACCAGGCACAUCUACAACCAUCCAAAGUAUUGUCAAUAUCUGCUAUGAAAGCUUUGGUUAUGCCUUGGCUGCCUUUCUUGGAGGUCUGUUAUUCGAAGCCUUAGGGGGUGCCAAGAUGUACUUGGUCAUGGGCUUUGCAUCAAUCGUAACUUUCUUUUUGCAUUAUUUGUCGCUUAAAUUCCUUCCACCUCCUGAAGAAUUUGCCAACGGGGUUGCAGCAUCCCCAAAAAGAGAGGAGCCUGGAAGAGAUCCAGAAGAGGAAAUGGCCCUUAAUGAGGCUGAUGAUCCAGACAGAAGCCACCGAGGAAGUAUUGAGUCUGCCCAGACUGUAGAGGAGACAGUUUCACUAGAAUUGAAGUAAUUAUUAUGGUAUAUUACUAACAUUAUAAUUAUUAUGAUCAUUAUCAUUAUUGUAAUGAAAGUUAGGCUGAUGAUGAAUCUGUUGUUCCUGAGUGAUGACAGACUUGCGUAUUGCAUUUGGUAGACUCCAUGAUUCACUUAUGGUUCUUGAUCACUUUACAUUCUGAAUUUUGUAGUAUUUGUGUAUUUUUUAACUUUGCAAAAAAAAGUGACUUAUCUUAAAAGUUAGACGUAGAUUUAGUCUUAAAUGCUGUCGUAAACAUUUUGUUAAGUAGAUAAAUAGAUAUUUCUUAUUUAGAGUUUAAUUUUUGCAUUACACAUUAGUUGAAAAAUUUAAAUUGCAGUUGAUAUAUAUUUAUUUAGGAACAUUUUCCUAAAGUGUACAUACGUGAUAUAAUAUUCUGUAUGUUGUUUGUGUAUAUAAAGUGUUUGUUUUACAUUAUUUCAAGAUCUGUGAUUCUACAUCACUCUGGUAACAUUGAGCUCAAAAAUGCUCUGCAUUCUACAGCAUUUCAGAUAAAUUGCUUAAUCAAAGGAGCUAAUGCAGCCAUGUCACUGCAUAUAUAAUGAAUGUGUGGGUAUGAGCUUGAGUAAUUGUGUAAUGUAGUACUGUAUUAGUAAUUUAUUCCUAAUGUUGACGUCACCAGUGUUUGAGACACUAAAAUCCUUGUUCACAUGGCUCCUCUGCUCUUUUUGCUGCCUUCUGUUAACCGACAGUAACAAAGACUACAAUUUCUUUUUUCACAUUUCAAUAUAAGGUAAGUGGCACAGUGAAAGGCAGCUUAGAUGGCCUUGUGCAACAACAGUAAAGGGCAGCUGAUAUGCCUAGCCCAGGUUGGUGCAAGAGGGGAAAGAAAGAAAAAACAAAGACCUGCAUUAGUAAUUCUUUAAAGACUAAAGCCAUCUUCAAAUAUUUCAAGAAUGUUUCUUCUUAUUUUUAUGGAUAAUCCAUCAGUACUGUAUUCUUUUAAUUUUCUUUAAGAUGCAAUAAGUACUCAAGGCAAAAGGGAAAAUGUAGGAAUGGACAAUAUAUUGGUAGGAAAAUACUAGGUAGCUUUUUUUUUUUAUAGACAUAAGUAGAUGGAAUCUCUUGGUCACUUCCUUAGUAGAUAUACCUUGUGUGCAGUCUUAAUAGCAGCAGUGACCUCUUAAUAAGAAAUUGAGAAGUUAGGUCAGAUGUUUUCGUUGCAAAUACUGCAUACA